AGGUGGGAGAGCCAGAGGAUGCUUCCUCCCUCCAACAUGGAACCUCCCCUGAAACAUCCCCGACGUCCAAAAAUUCCGCCAUUUAUAAACUCUUACGGCACACAUUCUCAUUUUCCACUCCAACACAAGCACAAAGCCAGCCAGCCAGCCAGAGUCCCCAAAAAUCCUAUCCUAACGAUCUCUUGUCUCAUCAUCAUCAAUUAGCUAAGCUUAAAGGCUCGAUCAACUCCUUUCCCCUCCCCGUUCUGAACUUAUUUUUCAAAUUGAGGCCGUCGAGAAAUUCCUAUUCUCGAGUAGUAGCAAUAGUUUUAGUACGUACUAAAUCCUCAUCAUAAUUAUUUAUAGUAGUCCGAUCUCGUACGUACAUAUAUAUAUAUAUAUAUACAUACUUAUAUGGCUUCACAUGUCGAUGAGACAACCACAACGACCUUGGACCUCAUUAGGGAUCACCUCCUCGAUGACUCUGUGCCUUCCUUGGAUACCCUCAUAACUGCUCUUCGAUUUCCCCAAGCCCCACUCUGCAGCCCCAACCGGGGGAGCUAUGACGAAUACGAUGAUCCCCCAUCCAAUAAUCAACCUCACAAUUACGCCCAAUUACUACUACUCCAAUCCGAGGCCAAGCCGAAGCCCCCACAGCCACUCAUCAUCCGUCAACAUUCGAGACCCCCGAAACCGUCAGCUUUGAGUGCUCGGCGGCCGGCAAUCAACGUGGCUAUCCCUAUGGCGCCCAUGGGAGUUAUAACUAAGGGAACCACUGUCGACCAUCCGUCCACGACGAGCCAGCUGCAGAGCGUUUCCCAGUUGGAGUCCGGUGGCUCGAAGAAGCACUACAGGGGAGUGAGACGGCGACCCUGGGGAAAGUUUGCGGCGGAGAUCCGAGACCCGACCCGGAAGGGAACUCGGGUCUGGCUCGGGACCUUCGAUACCGCGAUCGAAGCUGCCAAGGCCUACGAUAGGGCAGCCUUUCGGCUGCGCGGAAGCAAGGCCAUACUGAACUUCCCACUGGAUGCCGGAAAGUCGCCAGCUGGACCCAGUCCCCCAGCCCCAGUCUCGAAAAGGGAGAGACCGUCGGACUGGGAACUAGAAUUGGAUCAGAACAACGGUGAUGAGGAGGGAGGAGGGGGACCUAAUUAUAAGAAGAAAGCUGUGAAAAGAGAGCCGCCGUCGUCGUCGGAAUCCAGUUCCAGUACCGGGGAUGCAGGGGGGGCUAAUUGCCCGUUAACGCCAUCGUGUUGGAUGCCAUUUUGGGAUUUUGCGGAUGUGAACGAGGACAGCAUAUUCAGCGUGCCACCGUUAUCGCCGUUAUCUCCUUAUCGAUCAGUUGGGUGCGCCGCCCCACUUUUGGUGAAGUGACUUAUAAUUAGAUUAAAUCAAAUUAGAUUAAAUGGGAAUAUACAUACAUACACAUAUAUGUAAUAAUUGUAAAGAUUUUGGGGGCAGGUUUCUAAAUUGGGAAAGCUCCGAUGUGAUCUUACCUUAGAUUCGAUUCGGUUGAGGAGUACUGCGGUAAUAUUCUUUACUCCCAUCCAAGAGCACCGCACAAGAACAGAACAUUGGUUUCUUAAUGGAUUUGUUUGUUCAUUGGUUUUGUUAAUCAUAUUUCUAAUACUAGUGUUCAAUCU